AUGAAUUUCAACAAGACAAUGCAGGGAGCAUUGGACACACUAAAACUAGCAAAAGAUUUUAAGAAGAGAGAAGAGGUGUUGCCGUUCACGUACGCAGACUUCUUUGCAGAGAAAAGCUCUCUGCUGGAGACUCUUGGGCUGUCGAGAAAGCAGAAGGCUGGAUGCAUGCUCAUCUCUGCCGUGCUCUCGAUGUUCUUCUUUUUCAGAGCAGUAAUGUCUCUUAUUUCUCUGCCCAUCACACCAGAGGCGUUUGGAUGGAACUUUUCGAUGUUUUCGAUAUUUGUUCUCGUCAUUCUCAGCUUCUUCAGCGGAUUCAAGACAUUCUUCAAGAACAUUUUCGCAAAAGACAUGCUCGUAUACAGCAUAGCCUAUUUGGCUAGCACAUUCGCUGUUAUGAUCUGCAGAAGCUGGAUGUACAUCCUCAGACUGCCAAUUACUUUAAUAGAGCUCGCUGCGUUCGUGUUCUUCAUGUAUGCAUACAGCACAAAGAAAUUCAAAAGUGGUCUUCGAGGACUUGGGAGCAUGCUUUACUUUUUCUAG